AUGAAAAAACUUUUAUUAUUACUGUUUUGCUUAUCAGAGUGUGCCCGCUGUCCUGGCUCUGAUUUCGAGAAAAUAAGAGUAAAUGGGGUUGAUAAAUGCGUAAAGCCCUUUAUCUACGAUAUUUCGAACCCGAUUUUUAACCGACCAAGAACCUGGUCAGACUCGGAGAAAGAAUGCCAACGAGUUGCUCCAGCAGGAAAAGAUGGCCAUCUUGUGUCAAUUCACAGCGAGGAAGAACUGCAAUCUAUUCGCAAUCUCUUGGGCUCAGCAGAGACAGGCAAACAGUUCUGGAUCGGCUUGAGAAUGAACUGUCCUACUUGCGGCUUCACCUGGUCGGACCACACUCCCGUUGACUUCGAGAUCUGGCGAGAUGGAGAGCCGAACAAUGUCGGCGGUGUUGUUUGGGGAUGA